UCCUGAGUCAAUUAGAUUGGGACCACGUGGACGCCGGGCACUCAGGAACAGAGCUGCACGCAGGUAGCAUCUCCCUUGAAGAGAAAGUUCUCAAGGUAUCAUGGCCCGUGCAGAAUCUCCACGUGAGGUAUUUGAAGAAGCAGAUGAGGAUGUGCUGAUUACCUCGGUUGAUGAAUCAGAGGAUCUAUUGCCUGGCCCAGACUCUCAGGAGAUGCUGGUGCUGCCACCCAGUGGACAGAAGCCGCUGGUGAACAAGCGACGUCAGCCUGGGGUGAUACCACCCAAGAGAGUUUCACUUUACGGGCUGGUGGAUGGUAAACCUGUAAGGAUAAACCCGAAUGGACCGUGGAACGCACAUGUUUGGGAACGUAUUGUGUUGGUCUCUGAUGGUACCAGUCAUAAAGGGACUCGAGUGGCGAGGAGGGAGAAGAUUCUUCAGAGAAUUACACGCUCGACUCUAGUUAAGCAUUUUGAUUGUGUCAGGCGCGAUGUGUCACGGGGCCAGACGCGCUUGCCCUGUGUACUCUCUCAUUUCAGAGAAGGCGACGUCGACUGGUGCUGGAUCAGUACACCCCACAACGACUACGUGCAGGAGGGCGAAGAGCCAAGGCGUGUGGUCAGGAUGCAACCAUCACCUGCUAAAGUGGACGUUCCGAUGCAGGAAGUGAGCCCUCCGGAGUUCGAUCUGCGUCGGCAGCUUCAGGCCGCUCCGUCUGUCCAGGCCAUGGUGCCACCAGUGAUGAAUGCAAUAAAUCCACAUGUUUACUUGUAUCCAGGAAAUUUGAAUAUGCAGUAUUUCCCGCAGUUUAUGCCGUUUAACGAAGCUUGGUUUCAAGGGGGGUGUUGAAUAAAGAUUUUCGAUUCCUCCAGACCUGUCUUAUUAUAUAAUAGCAGUUCUGGAUUACAUCUCAAAUCUGUAUGUUAGUGAAACCAGGCUUCAGGGUUCAGCUAGAGGUCUGUGUGUGGUGAUUUGACUCCUGAUCUCAUGCUGCCAUAAAUGAUGUGUGUGUUUCAACUAA